AUGUCGGACGAAGAACAUAGUGAAGAAGAAGAAGAGAGAAGCGAAAUAGAGGCAGGGACUGAAGAGGCCGAUCCAGAUUGGCAAGAUAAAGAAAAAGCGAUUGACAAAUAUAAUCUGAAAAAUUAUUCAGAAGACUUUAUGCGUCAGGUUGUUGAUUUUGCCGAUGAAACAAACAGAUUUGACGGACACCUUUUGGAUAAAACUUAUUUGUGUUUACAAGAACCGGGCGGAAAAACGGGAGAACAAGUGAAAAAGAAUUUGUUUGAACCAAAAACUGUUGUCAUCACUUGGUCUUCAUCGGGAAAAGUGACCACAUCUCUCGUUGACUACUGGCGAGAUCAUUGUUUUUUGCCACUAGUUGAUGCAAAAUGUUUGCUACUUUCUGAUAGUUAUCUCGGUCAAUAUCAUGCAGAAACAUCAUUAGCUCUCAUCAUUAGUCAUUUAACAAUACUUUAA